GCCGUGUGCCGCGUCGCGAUAGUGUCGUGCUGUAGUGGUAUCGCAUCGCGUGUUUCGUCGAGCAGCGACGAUGACGUCUUCCUCGUUCUGACUAUGAGCGAUACGCGCUCAUCGCGAAGAUCACCGGGCACGUUCACCCCGCAAUCGUCAUCAUCGUCGUCGUUUCUCUCGAUUUACGCGCGAGCCGGUCGGGGAAGCCGCGCGUAUCAGGGAUACCAACGGACCCUCGUCGUUCGUUGCCGUGCCGGGUUUUUUUCGGUUCUUCGAAAUCUUACGAUCGAGCGCGUUCGACACCGGACGAUCGUUUUCCCGUUCGAAUUCGUUCGUGUGUCUGUGCGGGAAACUUCAACGCGUGGAAUAGCCAACCGUGACCGUCGCGAGUGACUGCACGAGGUUCUAUGAAGAAGAGGCCGCACUUCCGAAGAAAUUAUCGGUGAGCGAUCGCACAAGUUUGGUUUCCCUCUUUCUGUUCACGUCGUUUAGUGUACGUACAUUCGGAGAGUAUCCCCGAAGCGGACGGCUCGUCGAUCUACCGCGUGAAUGGAGCUUUAAGUGACACACGGUGGCGCGAGUUUUAAAGUCGUUGCAGGAGGAAACGAACGGAGGGGUCCGAACGCCCCGCCGACGUUGCCAAGUCUCGUGCUCUCAACGGAAUAAGGACCCGUCCAUGUCGUCCGUCUUCAUCAAGAUCGCGACGUCGAUCUCACGUUGAUCUAUGUUUGUCUUCCACUGAGGAAGAACUUCGGAUUCUACGAAUUUUACCGAAGCUCGCACGCGGACUUCGCGAGUCUUCGGCGACAGGCGUGAAUCACCCGAAUUUAUCUCCCAUCGAAUCCUCACGAGUCUUGUCGGUUUGUCUCAUUUUGUCACGACGAGGGUGCGCGGCACAGAAGUAGCCCAUCCCAUUUUUCAUUUCGAUCGUCGAUCGCGCGAUUCCAACGCGAUCAGCUGAUAAUCUUUUACGGGCGCGCGCGCGCGCGCGUGUGAGCGAGCGAGCGAGCGAGCAAGCGAGUCACGGCGGCGUAAUUCUGGCGAUUCCAUUCGAAUCGGCGGUUCGUCCUUCUCGUGUGCGUUUAAUAACCGGUUGCUCGCAGCGAAAGAACUGCGUCAAGUAGCAGCGUGCUGAGUUCUGUCGCCAGACAGACGCUUGACAGAGAGGAGUAAAAGGAGCAGAACGAGACGGGAUUUAACGCUCGGGGCUGCUGUCGUACGCCGGGAAAGAACUGACUCUCGUGUGUGUGAUACCUCCCGAAAAUUGUUCCCGAAUUUUUCCCCGUCUGUGUUUCUUGCGUUAGAUAAAACGGAACCCGACCGUUGCUUUGCCUACCGGCUCUUUGCAGUACCACACUCCGCUUUUGCGUCUUUUCGCAAGAACCAACGCUCGGAAACGGACGGGAAAAGAGAGAGCGGAGUGAGAAAAGAAGAGAAUAGCGGCUCUCUCUUUCUGUCAUCCCCCGCACAUCUCGCGAUGAGCCGAAGAGCGGUACAUGUCAAGCGGCGAACGUGACCGGUCGCAAACUACUUCCCUUCCUCGCUGACGCCCCGCGUGUCCCAGGCCGGCAAAGACGAUCCUCGUUAAUAUCACAGCCAAUUGUGGGAGGAGUAUGUCACGUUAGAAGAGGACUGGGCCUCCGACUUACUUGCUGAAUCGACCGAAUCUACGCGUUCGACAAUCCUCGCGCGCCUCAAUGGACGUUACGCCAUCGUCGUCUGGAGGGCGGCCUCGUGGGAUGAUAGUAGCCGCCGACGAAUACAGCGGAUAAUAAAACGAAAUUCGUGCCGGAAGUGGGAUCGUUGAGGAGCAACGAGGAGCGGCACGGGGAAAAGGACGGUUUUAAAAAGACGUGAACGAGCGGGGGCGUAGUCGGAGCCCACGCGCGAACAACGUGAGAGCGCCAAGAUGACCAUGGCGAGCAACAUUGUGGUCGAGUGGCUGCGGUCGCUUCACCUCGGUCAAUACUCGGAGUCGUUCAUCGACAACGGCUAUGAUGACCUUGAGAUCUGCAAGCAGAUUGGCGAUCCAGAUCUCGACGCGAUCGGCGUCUUCAAUCAGAAACAUCGCGCGCGUCUGUUGCAAUCGGUCAAGACCCUACGCGAGGAAGGCGCCGCGAGUGUAUAUUUUACGCUGGAGGAAACGAAUGACAAUAACUGUGACAACGUCAGCUCCAAGUCUUCGAGGACGUCAUCCGACAGGCCACCCAGCGACAAGGAGGCGCAGCGAGCGUCGCCCACGGCCAGCUCCUCCAGCGGCGGUCAGGAGCUGACCAAGUUCGCGGACGAGUAUGAGGAGGGCAAGGCCGAGCUGGUGAGAAUUCCCAGGAUGCAACUGAGGAUGCUGCUGCAGGAGAAGCUGAGACACGACGGCAUCAGACUGGCCUGUCAACCGUAUACCACACCGGUGAGUUGUUCCUCCAUAAAUGGUUUUUUUAACAGAUUGGUAAGUAGUAUAGAAAGCAUUUUAAGAGCUUUGUGAU